GCUAGCUAUGGGCCGCCGGAUCGGAGAUGAAGCUGAGGUGGAGAGUCCUCUUGUUGUUCGGCAUCACCGGGCUCCUCACUCUCCUCCUUGUGCUGUACCUGUAUACAAGACCGUCGGACGAGCUGCUAGGACCGGAGGAUCCGCGGAGCUACGCCCGUGGUCUUGAGAACGUCCCCGGACGGGACAAAAUCUUGGGCUCCAUUCUCACGCACAUCCUGAAGCCCGAGCUGAGCCAACGCGUGGAGGUGGCUGAGGCAGACAGCGACCCAGGGAUCUUGGUCUCCGUGAAGACGACCACGCGCUACCACCAGCACCGUCUCUCUCUGCUACUCUUCACGUGGAUGAAGACCCUUCCUCCAGAGCAGCUUUACCUAGUGACUCGAUAGGAAGGCGAAUGAUCCGUGGAUCAGAGAGGCCAAGUUGACAGGUAUCUUUACCAGCGUGCUGCAGAUACAUCCUUUACACCAUCAUUAUCGUGUUUAUGCUGCAGGCAUCAUGUUAUUAAAGCUCGCGUCCUAAAGGACAUACCAGGUAUGGGAGUGGUUCAAGGUUAUACACUGAAUCAAACCUACUUGGGUUUCUCACAUUGCUACAUAUAAAGUAGAUACAUGUGUGUCUUCUGUCUGUGUAGUAUAUAACUAGUGCGUAUAGUCUUGCUAUAAUAUGUUAAUGUCGACAGUAGAUGUGUGUUGUUUCUUACAUAGCAAAUGCAUUGUUGAAUGUGUUCUUACUAGUGAGUCACUCUGCUGCAAGUCAGGCCUUGAAUACGAACAGUUCUACAAGCCUUGGAGAGUGGAAAGUGUUCAGGUGGUUCUGUUCAUUUGAUGACGAUGAAUACUUGAAUGUUGUCAAUCUCUUCAAAGAACUAAAGAAAUACGAUUCCUCUGCAGACUACUAUGUCGGCCACUGGCUAACUAAGCAUGGAAAGAAACCAAAAAGAAUUGGAUGGUUCAAAUUUUUCCCCGAGGCAAAGAGAACUCGCUACUUUUAUGCGACAGGUGCUUCGUACUGUGUCAGCUCCGGUCUCAUGAAGAAAGUGAAAAAGUACUUUCGAGGACAGUUGUUCCCUGUCACAUGUCGGAAAAUAGGUCUAACUGAUGACUAUACUGUUGGAUCAGUCAUUGGAGGGGUUUUGGGGGUUAAUCUGACAGAGGUACCAUCCAUGCUCAGUCAGGGAGAAGACUUCACCCAUUUCAACAUCACUCAACUCAAAAACAUGAUCACCAUUUCAAGUAAACUACAUGCUAGCAACAGGGUCAAAAUACCACGAUCUGCUUUCUCCAAUGCAGAAGACCCAACUAGGUAAGUAGCUACGAUGCUAUAGAAACUGUGGACAAAGUUUAUUCUCCAGGUUUUAUCGUACCACUGUCUCCUGUAUCCAAAGUCAACUGUGCACCACAAAACUCUGUCACGUGUAUAAGUCACAAAUCUCUCAUGUCUGAGACCUUGCUCUUUCAUUUUAUUCUCAUGUCUGAGACCUUGCUCGUUCAUUUUAUACAUUUUACUAAGCCUGAUUGAAUGCUUGGGUCAGC